ACGCUUGGACGACUCUUGCGAAUUGAUCCCAUUUUGGAGCCUCACAGGCACAUAUCGUCCCGUUCAAUUCCUCUCGCCCAGCAUCAGGCCUUUUCAAGCACACCUGCCCAGCACUUUGACGCAUUCGCCAUAUCACCUUCCGACCACAAUCCUUCCACCCUCGCAGGGACAGCUGCCUGUUUGCCUGAGUCUGGGCAGAUCCCAAGACGAUCUUCAGCUUUUUCCCACCAAGAUGCCUUCAUUCCCCCAGAGCCAAGAAAACAGUGCGUUCCUCGACUCAAAUGGCUGGCCCGUCACUACUCCGAACUCUCAAUCGCAGGCCGAAACCAACGAAGAGGCGGAAACUAGGGAGAAAGGUCCAGGAGCAAUCAACUAUCGGGAAGGGCUACAGCCAGAGGUGGCCGACCCUGAGUUCAAGAGGAUUGCGCCCGACACAUUAUGCACAUACAGACACGUUAUUUAUGGAGAGCAGUCACCACUGGCUUUCAGCCACCUCCAAUAUGACAACAAAAACUUGGAGCAACGCUUCUCUAGAGGAGCUGCACUGACAUUGAUGUUUUCUUUGACGGAAACCCUGUCCACAGAGUCCAACGCACCAUCAAUCCUGGAUGGUGAUACACUCUUUCUCGAGGCCAUCCAACAGUCAUCCUUCAGUUGCAUCGGUCAGUUCCUGGCCGCCACCAAGGCCCUUCUGUUCGAGCGGUCGAGUGACUACGUCGACGGGUCGUCGUUGCAAGAAGAUGGACCAUGGCAGACAUACCGCCCACGGCCAGGAAUGAGCAGGGCCGAAGUAAUCGCUGCUCUGAAACAACACCACAGUCAAAAAGGGCCUGUCCCUGCGGAGUUGUACAAUGCCCCACUGUUUUGCAUACUGCGGGCCGUAACUCCACACACACAGUUCCAACAUACCAAACGCAUCAAGAACUUCGACGAGUCAGUCUGGAGGUCCAUAGCGGACCGCGUCAUGGUUGCUGCCAUCAUAUGUCGCUCAGAACAGGUACUGUCAUUGAGAGAGAUAAUACUAGGAUCAGGAAACCGCAAGUUCGCGAACGCAAAAAGGGUGGGCAAGUACUGGAGCAUUGGUGUAGAACUCAAAAAUUGGAAGAAUAAAUGGACCGGUAAGAACCGCCUAGGUUGGUGUUACGGCCGAGCUCGAGAGUACAUGCGACUUGAAGAUCUCACUGAUGGUGAAAAUGAUGGUGUCGUCGAGGAGAGAUUUUGAUGUACUCAUAUCAAGUUACAUUGGAACACUAUUGCAUCGAAGUGCUUUUACCACUGCACAGGUGCACGGAUAGGCACGAGCGCACAUCCUUCGUUUGUCCAUCGUGCACUGAAGCUGGGAGGUACCGCCACGGCAGUUACAAAAAUGAUUUUCUUGAACAAAUUUUCUUGUCUCCAUCACAACAUUCAGUUUGCUGAAACACGAGUCCCCCAUCUCCACGCGCG